AUGAUGACGAAGUGCGACCCCCGCCACGGCAAGUACAUGGCCUGCUGCCUCAUGUACCGUGGCGACGUUGUGCCCAAGGACGUCAAUGCCGCCGUCGCGACCAUCAAGACGAAGCGCACGAUCCAGUUCGUGGACUGGUCUCCCACUGGCUUCAAGUGCGGUAUCAACUACCAGCCACCAACAGUGGUGCCUGGUGGCGAUCUCGCCAAGGUGCAGCGUGCGGUGUGCAUGAUUGCCAACUCCACGGCCAUCGCCGAGGUGUUCGCGCGCAUCGACCACAAGUUCGACCUGAUGUACAGCAAGCGCGCGUUCGUGCACUGGUACGUUGGUGAGGGUAUGGAGGAGGGUGAGUUCUCCGAGGCCCGUGAGGAUCUUGCCGCACUCGAGAAGGACUACGAGGAGGUUGGCGCAGAGUCCGCCGAUAUGGAGGGCGAGGAGGACGUGGAGGAGUACUAG